AUGGCGGAAUCAGACACACCAGUACUCAGCCCUGACAUUGCUGCCCUCGCCCAGCUCAUGAGACAGCAGAUGGAGACCGCCGCCACCCGCGAGCAACACCUGACACAGCUCGUGGAGCGAACUUUGAGGAGCAUUUCUCAACCUCCACCACCGCAACGUCCACCCCCAGCCCCACCGGCACGAGAACAUGUACCUGCGGCGAGACCAGUUUCGGUCGAUCGCCCUAUGUUACUUGCCUCUGCCUCUCUCGCAGAGUUUGCCGCAUGGGAAGGUCUUUGGCGGGACUACGCCCGGUGCCAGCACCUGGAUUCCCAGGACAAUGCCACCAGAGUGGCAACGGUUCGUCAGUGCCUGGACGAGGACCUCCGGAGAUUUCUUUGUGAGGGCACAAUUCCUCUGGCUGACAACCACGACGACGACGAUCUCAUCAAGGCUGUACAGGCAUACAUUCGCGGCCAGCGUAACCCUCUGCUGGACCGGAUCGCCUUCUAUGCCCGCCAACAGCAGCAUGGAGAGUCCUUCGAUCAGUACCUGACUUCCCUCAGGGAGAUCCACAAUUGCUGCGAUUUCAGCGAAGCUGCACUCUGCAAUUUCUGUUCAAGCAGAGUAUGCCGCCAAUGCCAGCAGGGACAGCGUACCAGGUACGACGAGACCAUGCGUGAUCGCCUGGUUACUGGCAUUCUCGACACGGAGACACGCCAUAAGCUCCUUGCCACUACCGAUCUAACGUUGGAGAAGGUCAUUAAAUUGUGUCGAGCGGAGGAGGCAGCCUCUCGGACGAGCAGCAGUAUCCCCGGCACUAGCUCCAUCAAUGCCGCUCGGAAAACAAAUUAUCAGCGGUCAAAACACGGCAAUAACCCGCGACAGCAACAGGCGUCCGCCACGCCAUCGCAAUGUCCGAAUUGUGGUCGCACUCCCCAUGCCAGCAAGUCGCAGUGUCCUGCACAUGGCAAAAAGUGUAGCGGCUGCAAGAUUAUUGGACAUUUCCAAGCGGUGUGCAGAAAAUCCCGCAAACCGGCUGACCAGUCCUCGCAGCGCACGCUGGGACGACUACAGCUCCGCCGCGCUCAGUGUGAUGCAUCCCCUACGGUGCCAGUCGACACGCAAUUGUGCACUGAACCUGACGCUACCUCCCUAGAAUGGAUCCCCGAUACGGGAAGUGACAUUGACGCUAUUGGCGUCGAUCAGUUAGCGCAUCUCGGUGGUUUUGUGGAGAAUCUGGCCACAGACCAUGAUAAUGUGCAUGCUGCCAAUGGUGAACGUCUCGUUUCAGCUGGCAAGAUCUCUGCCACUCUCACCAUCGGCUCGCUCAAGCAUGAUAGCACCAUCCAUGUGUACCGUGGACUGCGUGAACCCCUGUUGUCACGCCAAUCGCUAUACGCCUUAGGCCUCUUACCAGACGGCUGGCCCAAGCAAGUUGCGCGUGUUAGUACCAGCAGCACACCACCUCCAACGGCUCCCGUUGUGACGACCGGUCUCGUGAACACACCUGACCCUAGCAAGCUGGCGCAGAUCCGUGCUGACCUACUGCGAGAGUUCGCAGACGUCUUCGACGACACGACAUUGAAACCCAUGUGUGGCAAGCCAAUGGACAUCAUUCUCGAAGAUGAUGCGAAACCUCACCGAGUCUACACAGCUCGUCCUAUCGCACAUGCCUACCGUGAGCAGGUGAAAACCCAGCUCGACAAUAUGGUUGAGGAAGGCAUCAUCGAGACAGUGUCAGAGCCGUGCGACUGGUGCCACCCCAUUGUUGUAGUCGACAAGAAGAAUUCUAGUGAGAAACGUCUGACUGUGGACCUUCAGUCUCUCAACCGACAAGUGAAGCGUCCCACCCACCCCAUGCAGAACGCACGUGAUGCUCUCUCUGGCAUCGGCACAGCCCGAUGGUUCACCAAGUUUGACGCCCGUCAUGGCUAUUGGCAGGUGCCCCUGUCUGAGUCUGCCAAGUCUCUCACUACGUUCAUCACGCCGUGGGGUAGAUACCGAUUCUGCCGGAAUCCACAAGGUCUUGUGUCCGCCGGCGAUGAGUACAACCGCCGCACCGACGCAGCUUUCGACCGUUUGACCCAUCUUAUCAAGGUGGUGGACGACGGCCUCGUUCACGAUGAGUCAUUCUCGGACCAUGUCGCUCACGUCCGUGCCGUCCUGACCCGUGCACGCGAACACGGAAUUACUCUCAGUCAAAAGAAGUUUGUCUUCGCCGCUGCUGAAGUCGAAUUCUGUGGGUUUCAUGUGUCGUCCAACGGAUAUACCGUGCCAGCUGACAAGACAUCCGCUCUUCAGCACUUCAACCUACCCACCAAUCGUACCGACCUCCGUUCCUUCCUCGGUCUGGUGAAUCAGUGUGGAGAAUUCACCCCACGGAUAUCCGAGCUCGCAGCUCCGCUACGUCCGUUAUUGAAGACCACGAAUGAGUUCGUGUGGGAUGAUGUCCACACCGCGGCUUUCAACGCCACAAAGUCUGAACUGAUAUCGCCGCCGACUCUCUCGUACUACCGUGCUGGUGACGACCUUCGGCUAGAGACCGACGCCUCUGCCCUGAACGGACUUGGGUUGGUGUUAUGGCAACGCCAAGAUAACCAGUGGCGCAUGCUGCAGUGUGGCAGCCGCUUUCUCACCGACGCAGAGACACGUUAUGCCGUCAUAGAACUGGAGUUACUUGCUGUGGGCAAAGAGAAUGCGUUUGCUGAUGCACUGUCCCGUAACCCGGUCGACAAGCCGACCAGUGAGGAAGAAUUCGGUGAAAGCUCAACGCUCUCAGCACCAGCCAUCAGAGCAUGUCUCCGCCAGGACGAGGAUGGCCGAAUUGCAGACCUCCGGCACUGCGAGCUCUUGGACGCUGCCCGUGCCGAUGAUGACUAUCAGGCCCUUCUCCAAGCCGUUCGUGAAGGCUUCCCUGAUGAUCAGCGCGCCGUCCACUCAGCUGUGAAACCGUACUUCACUAUCCGCGAGCAUCUUUCAGUCGACGGUGAUCUUGUCCUGAAAGGCCAACGUGUUGUGGUCCCGCGUACCCUCCGCCCACGUGUGCUCCAGGAUCUUCAUGCCUCCCACCAAGGCCUCAACCGCACACAGCGUCGAGCUCGACAAGUCGUAUACUGGCCACACUUGUCUAAUGACAUCGCCCAAGUCGUUCGCAGUUGCGAACAGUGUCGCUUGCACGCUCCGUCUCAGUGUAAGGAACCGAUGCGUGUCACCACUGACCGCCGUCCCACCCUGCCAUUCCAGUCAACCAGUGCCGACUUAUUUUCCUGUCAAGGCUGGGAAUACCUGGUUUACGUCGACCGCCACACUGGCUGGCCUUGCAUCGCCAAGAUCGGCCGCACUGCAUCUUCUGCCGAUGUGAUCCGUGUGUUCCGUGGCUGGUUCGCCGACGUCGGUGUCCCCAGCAUCCUCACCACUGAUGGUGGUCCGCAAUUUUCAUCACGUCGCUUCGCUGAAUUUUGCACCCGAUGGCAAGUUCAGCACUCCACGUCUUCACCUCAUUAUCCUCAAUCUAAUGGCCAUGCCGAAGCCGCCGUGAAAGCGAUGAAAUCACUUGUGUUGAAGACCACGUCCGACGGUAACUUGGACGUCGAUGAGUUCAGACGCGCAUUGUUAGAAUGGCGCAACACCCCCCGAGAAAAUGGUCAGAGCCCAGCCCAAGCACUGUUUGGUGGACCAUUGUCCUCCUUCGUGACAGCUCAUCAUCUCAGCUUUGCUCCUGAUUGGCAAGCCAAAGCCACCGAUGUUGACAAGCGCUCUGCCGCUCAGUCUGCCACCCAAGAACAGCAUUAUGAUGAGUCUGCCAGAUCACUGUCCCCACUUCGCAUUGGCAUGCGGGUUGACAUCCAAGAUCCGCGCACCAAACUCUGGCGCACCACCGGCGUGGUCGUCGCCAUUGGUCGCAACCGGGACUAUAUGGUGAAGUUACCCAGCGGCCGUGUUUACUGGCGCAACCGUCGCCUUCUCAAGCCUGCCCCUGCCGUAGCCCCUCCCGCUCCGCCUGCAGACACCUCCCCAGCUGAGCCCGCAGCACCGCAGCAGCCUUGUGUGCAGCAGCCUCGUCGUAGCCAACGGUCUCGCCAGGCACCAGAGCGUUUGAACAUUUCGUCCACAGCAUCUAAGUCCUAUGCUUGACUCUACCUACCUGUACCUCACACUCUUGCUACAAGUAGUUGGUAUUGGUAUCACGCUUCAUUAGUGUUUACUUUCUUUUCUCUCACUUCUGUUUUUUCCUUCUCAUUUAUGUGAGAUAAACAGCUCCGAUUUUCCGCUUGUUUAUCUCAGAAGGGGCGUGUGGUGUACCCGUGUACAUCGUACAUAUUUGCACUCUCAUGUUUCUUAUUAUGCUACUGCAUCUCCUUGCAUGGACGUGCGUACAACCUUACAGCAUACUACUCAUACUAUGCGUGCAUGUGUGUACUCCGUGCCCAUAAUCGACAGUGCAUGCCUCUUGUUGCUGUUCAGUCUUUCCUUGGUAGUUUCCUGAAUAGUCGUCCUCUCUCAGUCCUUCGUUGCAUUAUUCUAUUUCAAUAUAACUAAUCAUCACAUAGACUUGAUGAUACCACAGUGCGCACCCGUGAAGAAUUUGUGUAGCCCAUCAAGCAUUACUGGGAUGAACUGUAAAUUCUCUUUUUGGUGCCUACAUUGUGGAGCAGUAUAUAGUGAUUGAACAUAGAAAAUUUGAAGGCAAUCUGCCAAUCCGUUUU